CUGUUAUAAUUCUUUUCGUGCAAACUGUUUAUUUUCUUAGAACAAUUCAUCGGAGCAACAUUCGGAUGAUACCCAGACCCAGAUAUUCAAUCCAGAAUCAUCUCAGGAUAACACGAUAAAGAAAUCAGACAUAACUGAUGCUUACAAUGUACCUAAAAAAGCAGACUACGAUGCUAAACCCCAAAUACCGACUAGCAGCUCCUCGAAAGAACCUUUAGACUCUUCAGUACCUAUUGCACUUAUGCCAGUAUCAAAGACUGCAGAGUGUUAUAAUAUGGAUCACGAAAAUCGCGGUAAAUGCGUAAUCUUCAAUAACGAGAACUUCGACAAUGAUGAGCUCGUGCCACGCAAGGGUUCGACAUUAGAUGCAUUAAGAUUAGAGAAAACCUUCACGAAACUCGGAUUUGAUGUUAAAAUUCACAAUGAUUUUACGCACCAGCAGAUUAUCGACGAAAUAGAGAAACUAAGUAAGCUUGAUCACACGGACAAUGAUUGUCUCUGCGUCUUUACGCUAACUCACGGUAUGCAGAGGGAUCUGAUAUGGGCAAGAGAUGUCAUCUACCAGAGCGAAAGACUUUGGAAGCCUUUCAUUGCCAGUAAAUGCACGACGCUUGCGGGCAAACCAAAAAUGUUCUUCUUCCAAGCUUGCAGAGGCGAUGAGUCUGACAGCAGUGUUCAACUAGCCCCUCGAUCUUUAAUACAAACAGAAACGGAUGCAAGUCCAGCCGGACCAGCAAGUUAUGAAAUUCCGACUCAUGCAGAUUUUCUAUUAGCUCACAGCUCGGUUCAAGGUUUCUUGGGAUGGAGAGACCCCGAAUAUGGCACGUGGUACAUAAAUUGCUUAUGCGACGUCAUGGACGAGCAUGGAACAACUAUGGAUUUGUUAAACAUGUUGACAUUAACAGCGCGGAAAGUUGCUACUGAGUACGUCUCGAUUCAUGACAAUAUAUAUUUAAACAAUAAGAGACAGGUACCAUCUGUGACGACAAUGCUGACCAGAUCUGUUUAUUUUCCACCAAAAUCAAAAGAUGAAUGAUUCGAGACAAAUUGAAAGAAAUUUUUUAGAAGAAAUUAAAAAAAAA